GGAAGCAGGACAAACAGACAAAACAUGAUGUAACCUAAAUACAGACACUUGACACAACACCAGGGAUAACAGAGACGACAGGAACACAAUGCAGAAUAACAAAAACGGGAAACAAACACACAAAAUACCACUAUACACCAUAUAAAUACAAAAAUGAAUGGGGAAUGACAUGAAAGAAGAGAACUGUAGUAGUGAGUUCACACAUACUAAUCACAUGAUGUAUGUGCUGUGCAAAAUUGCAAAAUUGCAUCGCCCAUAGGAUGUGGCUGGAAGUCAAGAUAAAGUAGAUGGAUAUCAACUUGUGAAGAUGAAACUCUGCUGUAUAAAGAGAAUAGACUUGACAGCCUCAAUACAACAGGUUGGUCGUCCUGUUGCCAUUAUGCACCGCCUUUACAAGUUUCUGCUUUUUCAUGUUCUGGCAUUUCUCGGACGAAACGAACUUGGGAGUGCAAUCAUAGAUGGGAAAAAAGCCUUGGAGAAAUCAAUGCUGUAUAUGGCCUCAGUGCAGGAUUAUAAUGGUCGACAUGUAUGUGGAGGAUUCCUUGUUAGUAAUAACUUUGUGGUCACUGCUGCGCACUGCAAUGUGGAAAUGGAAAAAGCCAUGGUUGUUCUUGGCACCCACGAUCUCAGCCGGGUUGAGAAAACAGUGAAAUACAUUGACAAGAUCUUUAAACACCCAUCCUAUAAGAGUGACACACGAGAGAAUAACAUCAUGCUCCUCAAACUGGGUGGGAAGGAUAACUGGCACUUUAAAGGACAACCAAUUCAACUUCCAACUUCUGAAAAAAUCAUCAACGACAAGUGCAGUGUAGCAGGAUGGGGUUUCACUGAAAGCAAUAAGCAUACAGUUAAUGAUCUGAGGGUGGUGGAUGUGUGUAUCAUCAACCAGGACGUCUGUAAGAAGGAAUCGUCUGGUCUUCCUGCCAAUGUUAUCUGUGCAGACAAAGGAUUAUGUAAGGGUGAUUUGGGUGGUCCCCUGGUGUGCAACGGGACUGCUGUUGGUGUCGCAUCUUUCUACAAAAAUGAAGUCUGUGAUGGUCCCAACGUCUACACGGAUAUCUCAAAGAGUCUUACCUGGAUCAACAAGGUUCUGAAAAAAUAAUUAAAUCUUACACAAAGCUUUGCAUCAGCAUACUUUAAUUGUAUUUGGUAGGUGAAGUUGUGCAGGGUUUUUUAACUGCAAAGAGAAUUUUUUGGUGCCCCCCAAGGAGGUUUUAGCUAUCCCCAAAGGAAAAUCACCAGCAACAAAAUGGUAAGAACUGGGAAUAAAAAUAGUAAUUCAAAUCCUCUCUAAAUGUGUUUAAGAGUAAUUUCAAAUGAAAUCAAACAACUGUUGUAGAAGCAGAACAUAAACUUGAAUAUGAAUA